ACAGGGCUCGGGGGCUGCCUGCGGCCACAGCACAGGCUCCAGGGGAGGGGCUGGAGCUGGGGGCAGCCGCACGGGCCGAGCGGGGCCGGGGGAGCUCUGGCGACUCGGGGAGGCGCCCGCUGGCCGCGCGCCUCCGUCCCCUCUUCCCUUCUACCGGCGGCUCUCGGAGAACUCCCCGGCGCUGCCCUGGCCCGGCUCGCCUCCGGCGGACCAGGAGCCUGCCGCAGUGGCCGCUUCGCAGCUUCCCGGCCCGGCAGCCCCGGGCGGCCAGCGGCCAGGAGGCACCCCCCGCCCCCGCCCCCGCCGGAGGGGAUCGCUCGCCUCACCCGCGGUCCCGGCGCUCGCCCGCUGCCGCCGAGACCCGCGCCCUGCGCACCGCCACGCGGCUCCCGGGGACCGCGCAUGCGCCGGAGGGGCCGGAGCCGGCGCGCGAACGCCGGGCUGCCCCACGCGCAGGACGGCGCAUGCGCCCGGGAGGCGCGUCCGCACGGCUGGUCGGGGAGCGGGCGCAGCGGGAAGCCCGCGGAAAACCACGCGAAACCGGCGACGCUCCUGAGUCUGAGCCGGUCGGACUCCGGGGGCCGCGGCGGCGGCAGCAGCGAGGACUACGCCGCGCCCGAGAGCCACGCUGCUGCCCGGCCGCCGAGUCCGCGAAAACUACAGCUCCCGGCAUGCCCCGGGAGGCAGCCCGCCCUGCUGCCUGACCCCGCGGGGACGCCGCUUCCGUUUCCGCCCACCCCCACGCCGGCGCAGCCGCAGUCCCCGCCGAGCCCCCAGCGCGGCUCCGUGCAGCUCUGGCGCGCUCCCGCCGCCGCCGCUCCGGCACGGCGCGGCCCCGCUGCCGCUCCGUGGUCCGACACGGACCCGCUCUGUCCUCCUCGGGGUUUUCCCCGGGACCCGCCCGGGCGAUUGCGCAGCCCCCGCCACGGGGCCCGCGCCCGACCCCCCCCCCUCGGCCGACGUGCUCCCAGCCCCCCUGGAGGGGCCGUCGCCAUCAGCCUCACUGCCCGCACCUGGGGCUCCUCCAGCCCCGGCCCGCAGCUGUGGUACCGAAAAGCCGCAAUCAAACUCUGA